AUGCAGAAGAACAAGGAUGAUGCAUUGCCACCAUUUGCAAUUGGAGAAGGUGAAAAAGAAUGCAAUUUAUUCAAUGGAAAAUGGAUUUGGGAUGAGACAACUAGGCCUUUAUAUAAUGAAUCAGAAUGUCCAUAUUUACUUCCUCAAGUGACUUGUCAAGAACAUGGUAGGCCAGAUAAAGAUUAUCUCUAUUGGAGAUGGCAACCUAAUGACUGUCUUAUUCCCAGGAAUGGGACAUUUGAUGAUGAUAAUAUGAAAGAUAUUGAAGAUGUGCCAACUAGUGAUGCUUAUCGUAUGGGAAUGAAGAAUUUAUUGACAUGGAUAAAUAAAAAUAUGGAUCCAAAAAGAAAUAGGGUUUUUUUUACAAGCAUGUCACCUUCUCAUGCAUGGAGCAAAGAGUGGGGAGGAGAUCCAAAUGGAAGUUGUUACAAUGAAACAAAAAUGAUAGAUGAUCCAAAUUAUUGGGGAUCAGAUAGUAGAAAAAGCAUAAUGCAAGUGAUUAAAGAAGAAUUUAGCAAAUCAAAAGUGCCAAUUACAUUUCUCAACAUAACUCAAUUGUCAAUGCCAAGAAGAGAUGCACAUACAUCAAUUUACAAAGAAAGAAUGGGACCUUUAAGUCCACAAGAAAAAGCAAAACCUGCUAGUUAUGCUGAUUGUAUACAUUGGUGUUUGCCUGGACUUCAAGAUGUUUGGAAUGAGCUUUUAUAUGCUAAACUUUUCUAUCCUUAA